CCCUCCCCAGGCCACUAUAGCCUGGCCCUCUGGGCAGACCUCUCCACCAGUGCUAUGGUGGACAGUGCCUUCUCUACAUUGGACUCUGGGAAGGCCUUCGCCCAACACCUGCAAUCAGUAGACACUGAGAGGGGCUUACUUCCCCGUGGACCCUCCCUUCUACACACUCCCCGAGACCCCACCAGGAAGGAGGCCCUGGGUCCCCACUGAGAGCCCGCAGCUAGGAAGAAAAUUAUGCUAUGACAACGACGAAUGCCAAGGAGAAGGCUGAGGACCUCUGACAGCCCUGCCUCUGUCCUGGAGCUGCUCCUUCUACCUCGGGCCAUGGUUGUGCAGGAUGGUGUGGAAGCUGGGGAUGCCAGGAUGGGCGUGCUGCUGGAGCCCUUCCUGCACCAGGUCGGGGGGCACCUGAGUGUCAUGAAAUAUGACGAGGACACUGUGUGCAAGCCCCUCGUGUCCCAGGAGCAGAGGUUCUACGAAUCCCUGCCACUGGCCAUGAAGCAGUUCACCCCACGGUACAAAGGCACCAUCACAGUUCACCUCCAAAAAGACAGCCUAGGCCACCUCAGCUUGGUUGCCAACCCACUGAAGGAGAACCGGGAGUCCUUCAAGGUCUCCUCAGGGUCAGCAGCGGCGGCGAUAUGGCAGAAGCUCCAGCAGACCACGAGCAGCAGUGGCGGCGCAGGUCCCCUCUCCCAGUGGCAGCACACCCAGCUGACACACUCGCUCGAGGAGAGCCCGGCCACGGGGCUCCUGAGGUCCGAGUUCCACCUCAGCGCCCACGUACCCUCCCUGGUGGAAGAUGCUAAUGGGAACCAGGCCGAGAGAAGGAGCUUUAACCCAUGGGGCCUGCACUGCCACCAGGCCCACCUGACCCGCCUCUGCACCGAGUACCCAGAGAACAGGCGGCACCGGUUCCUCUUGCUGGAAAAUGUUGUGUCACAGUACAAGCACCCCUGUGUCUUGGACCUGAAGAUGGGGACCAGGCAGCACGGGGACGAUGCAUCUGAGGAGAAGAAGGCCCGCCACAUGACAAAGUGUGCACAGAGCACCUCGGCCUGCCUGGGUGUGCGCAUCUGCGGCAUGCAGGUUUAUCAAAUUGAUAAGAAGCACUUUCUCUGCAAAGACAAGUACUAUGGGAGAAAACUCUCAGUUGAGGGGUUCAGACAAGCCCUCUACCAGUUCCUGCAUGAUGGAACCCGCCUUCGGACAGAGCUGCUGGGGCCCAUCCAGUGCCAGCUCCAGGCCCUCCUCUUGGUCAUCAGGAGCCAGAGUUCAUACCGCUUCUACUCCAGCUCUCUCCUCAUCAUAUACGAUGGGCAGGAGCCGCUGCAAAGAGCCCCACGUGGCCUGCAUCCUCAGGAGGCUCCUCAGACUGCUCACGGCAGCUCUCCUCUGGGUUUCCCCAAAGUUGACAUCCGGAUGAUCGACUUUGCUCACACGACAUACAAGGGCUCCUGGAAUGAGCACACCACCUAUGAUGGACCAGAUCCUGGCUAUAUUUUUGGCCUAGAAAACCUCAUCCAGAUCUUGCAGGAUAUCCAGGAGUGAGAAUAAUACUUGUUGGGCCCAUCCAGAUUUUUCUGCAGUACAGAUCUUAAAAGGGACCCACCGAUAGAAUAGUCUAGACACCCCUUAGAUGUCUUUGUAAUAAUCAUAUCUACAUCCAAAAGCCAUCA